AUGCGUGCUGAAUUCCUUUCACUCCUGGCUCUCAACGCUGUCAGCGUUUUGGCCGCCCCCAAGCCUAGCACAGUUGGUGCCUCUGCUGCUGAGGCUACUCAGCUUGAGGAGAUCGCUGAUCUUGCUGCUGCCGCUUACAAGACUGCCCAAAAGACCAAGGCUGCCGGCACCUGCGACUGGAGCAAAGUCCGCGUUCGACGGGAAUGGAAUACCCUUUCUAAGAAUGACAAGAAGGCCUACAUCAAGGCUGUGAAGUGUCUUCAGUCUAAACCUGCCAAGGGUCCUGCGGACUUUGCCGCUGGUGCCAAGACACGCUUUGAUGAUUUCGUUUCUACGCAUAUCGAUGCAACUCAAACGAUACAUUACACAGGCAACUUCCUCUCCUACCACCGUUACUAUACUUGGUUGUAUGAGGAGGCUCUUCGAAACGAGUGUGGCUAUAAGGGAACUCAGCCUUACUGGGAUUGGUCCCUCACUGCCAUUAGUGGUCUCAAGAAGUCACCACUCUUUGAUGGCAGUGACACUUCCCUCUCUGGUGACGGCGCGAGCACUGGCGAGAACCCUGACAUUGUUCUUGGAGCCUCCAGCGGUCUCCCCCCCGUGUACCUCAAGACCGGUAACGGAGGUGGCUGUGUCACGUCAGGUCCCUUCAAGGAUAUGAGCGUCAACCUUGGCCCUGCAGCCCUUGACCUCCCUGGCGGCAAAGUUGAAGCCAACCCUGAUCCCCUUGCCUACAACCCUCGUUGCCUGAAGCGUGAUCUGAGCGACUCUGUCAACCGCCGCUUUGCUAACGCCACGUCUGUUCUGAACAACAUUGUCAACCCCAAGAAUGUCUUUGACUUCCAGAUGCAGAUGCAGGGUGUCCCCGGCACUGGAGACAUCGGUAUUCAUGGCGGCGGUCACUACGCCCUUGGUGGUGACCCUGGUCGGGAUGUCUACACCUCCCCUGGCGACCCUGCUUUCUACUUCCACCACUCCAUGAUUGACCGUGUCUGGUGGAUCUGGCAGAUGCUUGACACCAAGAACCGUGUUAAUGGAAAGGAUGCUCUUGCGGGCACAAACACCUUCCUCAACAUGCCUCCCAGUGCUGAUACCACAUUUGAGGACUCCAUCCAUCUUCCUUGGCUUGGACCCGAUAAGCAGAUCAAGGAUCUCAUGAGCACCCAAUCUGGUCCUUUCUGCUACGUCUACCUGUAG